AUGUUUAUAGUGAAGUAUAGACCACCAGUUAUUUCAAGAGUCGGCAGACGUACUGCUGUACUGAAACUCGGGAUCACCCCCAGGACUUACACCUCGCAAGUCCCCAAUCCAUCCAAAAAGCCCACUGAGUUGGCCAAGGUUGAUCAGGAUGCCGUCAAGCUUUCUCUUUGGGACAAAGUCAAACAUGAAGUGCAUCACUACUGGGACGGCACUAAGCUCCUGGGCCUGGAAAUGAAGAUAUCAUUCAGGCUCCUCAUGAAGACCGCGGCUGGUCACCAGUUGAGUCGCCGUGAAACCUUACAGCUAAAGAGAACCACACAAGAUGUUGUACGAUUAGUCCCUUUCUCAGCAUUCGUGCUCGUGCCAUUUGCAGAAUUGCUGCUGCCUGUCGCUUUGAAGCUAUUCCCAAACAUGUUGCCCUCAACAUAUGAGUCUAAAAAAGACAAGCUUUCCAAGCUGACGAGCUUACGCCAGACCCGUGGCCUUGUUUCUAGCAUCAUAAAGGAGCAGAACUCUCACUUUAAGCCCAACGACAUUAACGACGAGCAAAAGCUCGUGUUCAACAGCUUUUACAAACAUGUGCGUGCUACUGGAGAGCCGGAAUCUCGUCAACAACUAAUCCAUGUCGCACGUCUAUUCAAAGAUGACACCGUGUUAGACAAUGUUACGAGGCCUUAUCUGGUCGCACUAGCAAAGUACAUCAACUUGCAGCCCUUUGGAACGGAUGUGAUGCUUCGUUACAGAAUUCGCUUUAAGAUGUUGGAGCUCAAAAAAGAUGACUUCGCCAUAUUCUACGAAGGCGUACAGUCUUUGGACUCUGCUGAGUUGCGUACUGCCUGUGCAUCUCGUGGUAUCCGUAACUUGAAUGUCGAGGACUCUGUGCUUCGUGACAACCUAAGUAUUUGGUUGAACAUGCGGCUGAAGGACAAGAUCCCCUCUACCUUACUCAUCAUGGCUACUGCUUACACCUACGGUGAUGUCAGUUCCAAAAAAACACUGUACGAUGCGUUGUGCGACGUCUUGAGUGGUAUUCCCGAUGAGCUGUAUCACGAAGUCAAGGUCAACGUUGUGGAGGAAGAAAAUGCUACUAGUAAAUCUAGAAUGGCCCAAAUCAAAGAGCAAGAGGAGAUCAUGAAGGAGGAAGAACAGCAGGAGAAAGAUGCACUUGUGAGAGUCAGGGAUGAGUUGAAUCUUGAUGAUGUCGACAAGCAAGCGCAACUUCAAGAUAAACGCCGCGAUUAA